AUGGAGGUCCGCCUCAAGCUGUCUACCAAAAGCACGACGCCGGAGGUGGACGCGACGAUGUACCGCAGCCUGGUCGGGAGCUUGCGGUACCUGGUGCACACGUGGCCCGACAUCGCCUUUGCCGUGGGAUACGUCAGCCGUUUCAUGGAGAAGCCCCGGCAAGAGCAUCUCGUCGCCGUCAAGCACCUACUUCGCUACAUCGCAGGCACAACAGAGUACGGCCUCGUCUACCCCAAGCUAUCGAGUGGCGACAACAAUCUGAUCGGCUACAGCGACAGCGACAUGGGUGGGGAUAUUGAUGAGAGGAAGUGCACCACAGGUGUGCUGUUCUUCCUAGGAGAGAUGCCAGUGACAUGGCAAUCUCAGAAGCAGAAGGCGGUGGCAUUAUCGACCUGCGAAGCUCAGGGGCGGGCCCCAUUGAAUUCAAUGGUAUUCAGUUGA